AUGGACGAGAAAAAAGACAAUAAAGGAUUCGAUGAAAUAUGGGAUUACGUCCCUGGGUUCAGCGCGAGACAACUCUUUCUCACUGUCAUUACUGGCCUGAUUUCCUUUCAAGACGGCUACAUAACCAUGUGGCCGAUUUUUGCCGUUUACACGCCGAAGACAUACUACUGUAACUCAGACGCCCGUCUCACUGCCAAUUAUCAAGCCAAUCAAACCCUUUACAACGGAGUUCCAGAUUUAUGUGCAACUACAGAUUAUUGCCUCGUUGAUGGAUUCGACAAUUUGACCGAUCACUCCAGAAAAAGACGCUCUGGCGGCGGCGGUGGUGGCUCAGGAAAAAGCGAAGGUGUAUGUGGAAUAGUCAAGAUCGACAAUUUUUUACCCGGCAUUGCGUCAAACGACAGCUGUAAAAGAUGCCAUCAAUUCGAAGAAUUUGCAAAUUCAAAUGUUCAACUCGAUGAUGAACGAGAUUUAUGCCCGGAUGAAUAUUAUUACAGCGAUGAAUUUAUAAACGAAACCCUGGUAACUGACUUUCAUCUGGUGUGCGACAAGCAAGUUGUUAGGGAGACAGUUUUUUCACUUGGUGGAGUAGGCCUUGCGAUUGGAAGCUUCGUCGGAGGAGGACUUACUGAUACGCUUGGUCGAAAGAAAGUCAUGCUGUAUGCCACUCUUUUGAUGGUUAUCACUAUUGGAAUCGCUGGAUGGGCAAACAACCUACUCGUUAUUAUGAUUUUCUGGACUCUGACCAAGAUUCUUUCGCAAGUCAAAUAUUUGGCCUACUCCUCAUUUACAUUGGAAAUUGUUUCGCCAUCCUGGAGGGCAUUUGCUGGCCAAAUGAACCACAUUUACUAUGCGCUCGGGUGCAUAACUGCUUCUGUAUUUUCUUACUACUUUCGCGACUGGCGAAGCUUCACCUUUGCGACAACUGCCGUUUGUGCGCCGCUUUUGCUUUUUUGGAUUUGUGUUCCAGAAUCUCCAAGGUGGCUCAUUCUGAAAAGGCGCAGCUCUGAAGCGAAAGACGCUAUCCGAAAACUUAUUGGAGCUAAUGCCGAAAAGAUUGAUUCAAGCUUCUACAAGAACAUUGAAAACGCAGAACUUGAGGAGUUAGAAGAAGAAGUAGAAGAAUUUGCUGGCUCAACCCAUAUCGGAUCAAUGGGCUCACUGGUGAAGUCGUCUUUGUCCUUGAACAAACGACCAUCUGUGGCGUAUACUGGAACACUAGGACUAAUCAAGGAGGAGGACUCGUUCAAUGAGUUAGAAGAGAAGACCUUCAAAGAUAUUUUCCGCUUUCCCGUCUUUCGAAACGCACUCUUCAUCAUUUUCUUCGCCUUCUUCGUCAUCGCAAUGGUUUUCAUGGGAAUUUCCUAUAACGCUGCAGAACUUCCAGGAACAAUUUGGGCCAAUAACGCAAUUAAUGGUCUCCUUGAUUGCGUAGCGCAAUUUAUAAUUAUCGUUGUUAUGCAGAAAAUCGGUCGAAGACAUCUUCUUUUUGGAGUUCUUUGGGGCACUGGAAUCACUUACAUGGCUUCUGAAAUUGUGCUUCAGCAGUUAGACCUUGAAAACAUGGAUGAAAGCGAAAUCUCUUUGAUUAAAAAUUCGAGUAGAUGGCUUGCUUUCACUGGCAAAUUCUUUAUCUCCGCUGCUUUUUCGGUAAUCUACACGUACUCAGCAGAAGUAUUCCCAACUACUGUCCGAACAAUUGCCCUAGGAUUCGGCUCGCUUGGUGGCGGACUAGGAAAUGUCAUUGCUCCUUACAUUCUUCAACUUCAAAAGCCUCCGAUCUCAAUCAGAUGGCUACCAGCAGCAAUCUUCUCAGCCAGCUGUGUCCUUGUUGCAUUUUUCCUCCUUCUUUUGCCAGAAACUAAAGGAAAAGCUCUCUACGAAACAAUGGCGGAAGCAGAAAAAGUCUACAAAAAUAAGUCCCAGAAAAUGCCCGACAACGAAGAUAGAAGCCUUUACGAGCCUGUUGACACUGCGUAA